GUUGGGGGCUGGUAAGAGAUGUCGGAAUGGAGAGGUAAAGGUGAUUGGGGGCUGGCAGGGGACACCUGAAUGGAGAGGUGACACCCCAGGAGUUGGGACCCGCCUCUUCUGGGAUAGCUUGCGGGCUCAGCAGUGAGCUACGCGGCAAUCCCGGAUGAGGUGCUGGGGAGGCUCCGCUAAUGGGUUGUUGGCACCGCCUUCGGGGUGGAUCCUUGUAGCCUUCAUGACCCGCCCUCAGAUUAUAUAACGGGCUGAGAACAAAGGAUCGGGGGAUCCUCCACAAUAAAGAGCAUACACCACACUCGCGUCCUGUCUGGUCCUUGAGCCCACCUUUCCCCCAGGGUGGGUCCGGAGACGUCCGAAGCCUAGCUCCCAGGGAAGGAGACGUGCCUGAAGGGCCCAGCCCGGGUCAAGUGGCGCCCGAACAGGGACUUGAGUUCCUCUUCGGCGACCCCGCCAGGUACGGGGUUAUCUCUUUGUGUCUCCACAGAAUGAAAAGGACAAUGAUAAAGGAAGAUGGAUCCCUGUCCGGUGGGCCAGAGAACUUGAGAAAAAAGAAGAAAAGGCGUACCAGGAGAAGGAGACACAAGAGGGGGCGCCGCGGGGACUGCCAUGUGCGCCGCCAGAGGAGAUAUAGAAACGAACCUUCUUGCGUUUCCACUCCGGUUAUUUUCUUUCCACAGGCACGGGAGGGAUAAUGAGGCCUGAAAUAUGGCUCUCUCUUUUGCUGGUCGUUUGGGAAUGUCCAACCCCUGUGAUCAACCUACACCAAUUUAACACUACCUGGGUCUCAUUGGAGACAGAGACACCUAUGUACUGGGCACUAACACCACAUCUGCCCAUUUUUCAACUCAUGACGUGGAAUCACGAGGCAAGCCCACUUUUCCUCUUUGGCAACGCAUCUUGGUUAACGGGUGACUUGGGACUGGCGGUUCCUAUUAUCUCCAAAACUGGAAUGAACGUUACUUGGACUUCUGCGGCGUUGCCUCUGUGCUUAUCCCCUUCAAAUAUCUCGAAUAGCAGCAUUUCUCAACUGUGCUAUCCUCUUUCAAAUUGGUCUAUUUCCCAACCUUCCUUUCUAGAAUCAGAGUUAUUGAAUGCUACUUAUGGUUCCUUAAACAUAACUCUCGCCUCUUUGAUUCGCAAUUUCAGUAAUAACCAUACUGUUACUACUUCGCUACCCCCUUGUCCACUUACCGCCCCUCAUAUAUUCGAACCCCUUCAUGCUUGUAGUACAGGAAACUUUAGUAGGUUGAACAAUACUAACGAAUCUAUAUGGUUUGCCGAUAAUUAUCCACAAACUUCUAUACUUCCUGCACCCAUCCCCUUUAAAGAGAAGGCACCCUUGCAAAGUCAUUGGUGGAAGGCAGGUCUUGCUCUUCAUCCUACCUUUGUCCGCUACAAUCAGACAGCUGCCAAAGUACAGCACGGAUUUCCUUUUGCAACAUGGCAUAAGAUUUUUGGGAACAAAAAUAGUACUUGUCAUGAGACGAAUGCUACCACAACUACUGACAUUCUUUGUUAUACUUUUACAGCCGAGGCACAAACGACACCUGAUGCUCUUUUCCUUUUGUGCCCUCCAGGGAACUUCACCAUUUCAAUCGUGCCCCAGGCAAAUAACAAAACCGGUUACACUAUACACUGUACUAAUGCUACCUUGACUAACACUCUUAACACCUCCCAUACCUCUUUUAUCGUCCUGCUUUUACGUGUACCCCCCUUUACUCUUCACCCUGUGAGAGCCGAUCCAUUCGCAUUGUCUUUAUCGGAUUCUCUCCUAUGUAAACUGGUUAAACGGGAUAUUGAUCCCACUGACAUCGUGGCAGUAGCUGCGCUAGCCCUUUCAAUUAUAGAAGAGACACAAAUAAUGCAAUUACAUAAACAAGUCACUUUCUUAGCAGAGUUCUUGCAGCAUUUCAUGCAUUUAGAAAGUCAAGCCUGGAAACAUCAAGAGACACUCGACCGUCUCUUGGAACGACAAAUCACUACCCUUUCUGCUACUGUGCAAGUAUUGUUACAUCAACAAGCUUUUAUGCUGCGUUAUAUGCGCUUGUCAUGUCAUUAUAAAUAUCGCCCUGUUUGUGUAACCCCUAUCCCUUAUAAUUCAACCAUGUAUAAUGAUUUGGAGGACAUUCUACGCAACGCCACCACAGGCGUUGUCUUUGCUACCGAGCUUCAGCAGCUGGAUUUGAUCAUCAUGGCCAUAGAGAAUGCUACCCUGCACUUUUCCCAAGAUUGGGAGGACUCAAUCUCCAAAACGGUUAAAUGGUGGGACGAUUUUCAAUACCAAAAUGUCCUCCAAUGGAUCCUCCAUGGUGCUCUUGUACUUGUAGGAGGUUUUUUGUUAUGUGUUUUCCUCCCAUGCCUUAUUUCUUGUUUUCUUUCUCUUCUCAAAAGAUCCCUCGCAGCCCUUAAGGCAGAAUUCCGUAAUGCUAACAGCACCCAUCCUCUUUAAACAAAAAGGGGGAGGUUGUUGGGGGCUGGUAAGAGAUGUCGGAAUGGAGAGGUAAAGGUGAUUGGGGGCUGGCAGGGGACACCUGAAUGGAGAGGUGACACCCCAGGAGUUGGGACCCGCCUCUUCUGGGAUAGCUUGCGGGCUCAGCAGUGAGCUACGUGGCAAUCCCGGAUGAGGUGCUGGGGAGGCUCCGCUAAUGGGUUGUUGGCACCGCCUUCGGGGUGGAUCCUUGUAGCCUUCAUGACCCGCCCUCAGAUUAUAUAACGGGCUGAGAACAAAGGAUCGGGGGAUCCUCCACAAUAAAGAGCAUACACCACA